AUGCUGCGGCGCCGGCUGCCCAGCCUCGAGACUGCCCCGACCCACUUGAGCGGCACCAGACAGCGGCGGGCGGAAGUGCAGGCCGACCCGCGGUGGCGGGCCAUCAACCUGCCCAGCCUCGAGGACCGCCGCGCCCUGGGCGCCCGCGGUGAGCACUACGUGUGGCAGGACUCGAAGUUCGAGGGCUUCGAGCUCUACUUCAACGAUGAGGCCAGGUCGGCCAUGGGCUUCAUCGACUUUGGCACCCGGUGCGAGGGUCCGCCCGGGUGCGUGCACGGCGGGGCGCUGGCAACCAUUUUUGACAACGUGCUGGGAAGCACUGUUGUGGAGGGGCUCAAGGGCCAACGAGCCGUCACCCUCAACCUCGAUGUGAACUACCGGAAGAUAAUUGAGACGCGGAUCGACCGAGUUGAAGGGCGCAAGGUGUACGUCACCGCCACCCUCACCGACGGCGAGGACGGCACCCUGCAUGCCGAUGCUUCGGCCCUCUUCCUCGUCGUCAACUUGCAGCAGAUCAGGGACCAGAUCCACAAAGGCAACAACAGCAACAGGCCCAGCUCCUGA